GCGGACCUGCUGGGGCUUUGGAAGAGGCGCCACAGGUGUUCCUUCCGCUACCAAGCGGAGGAAGGGAGCAGGGCCAAAGGGUACCUUGUCUGGAGCAGCGUAGAUUAGAUGGGGGUGGGGUGGGGGUGAGGGUAGAGUGCGGGGUGACUGCCUGCCACUAGGGAAGAUGCACAGCUAGUGGUAGUGGCAGAAACUCAAGUAGGGGAAUUUAUUGGCAUCAACCAAAAGAAGCCUCUCCCUUCCCAAUGGAUUUGAAUUUGGGAGGAAAGUUCUGGUAUUAAGAUAUCUGUGUAUUUUAUCUGUUUUUCCUGCACAUAAAUCCUGAAACUAUCACUUGCAUUCCUGUCUCCUCCCAAGAGUGUUUAGAGGAGUGUGGGGGAAGGGGCUUAAGUGUUUUUGCCCAAGAUGUUGAAAAUAUUUGGAGGGCAGUUUUAUAACAGUGAAAGCCCCUUCCCCCAUGAUUGUAGUACUUGGUACCUGGUGGAAGGCAUAGGAAAAUAACUGAAUGACCUUGGAGGGGUGGGGGUGGGGGGAGGGGUGGUAAUAGGUGGCCGGCAAGUAGUGCCUAAGGGGCUGCUCUACAGACUCCAAACCAGAGCCUCUGUUUUCUCUUUACAGCAACAUGCCCAUCACUCGGAUGCGCAUGAGACCCUGGCUAGAGAUGCAGAUUAAUUCCAACCAGAUCCCAGGGCUGAUCUGGAUCAAUAAAGAGGAGAUGAUAUUCCAGAUUCCAUGGAAGCACGCUGCCAAACAUGGCUGGGACAUUAACAAGGAUGCCUGUCUGUUCCGAAGCUGGGCCAUUCACACAGGCCGAUACAAAGCAGGGGAAAAGGAGCCAGAUCCCAAGACGUGGAAGGCCAACUUUCGCUGUGCCAUGAACUCCCUGCCAGACAUUGAGGAAGUGAAGGACCAGAGCAGGAACAAGGGCAGCUCAGCCGUGCGGGUCUACCGAAUGCUCCCGCCCCUCACCAAGAACCAGAGGAAAGAGAGGAAGUCCAAGUCCAGCCGAGAUGCUAAGAGCAAGGCCAAGAGGAAGCUGUGUGGUGACUCCAGUCCUGAUACCUUCUCCGAUGCACUCAGCAGCUCUACCUUGCCGGAUGACCACAGCAGCUACACCGCCCAGGGCUACAUAGGGCAGGAUUUGGAGGUUGAGCGGGACCUAACUCCAGCACUGUCCCCAUGUGCCGUUACUAGUACGCUUCCUGACUGGCACAUCCCAGUGGAAAUUGUGCCCGAUAGCACCAGUGAGCUCUACAACUUACAGGUGUCACCCAUGCCCUCCACUUCAGAAGCCACAACUGAUGAGGAUGAAGAAGGGAAAUUAACUGAGGACAUCAUGAAGCUCUUGGAGCAGACAGGGUGGCAGCCAACAAACGUGGAUGGGAAGGGGUACCUGCUCAAUGAACCCGGAGUCCAGCCCACCCCUCUCUAUGGAGACUUCAGCUGCAAGGAGGAGCCAGAAGUUGACAGCCCUGGAGGGUAUAUUGGACUGAUAUCUUCAGAUCUGAAGACCAUGGACCCCAACUGGCUGGAGGGCCUGUUGCCCCCAGUCAGACUGCCCUCUAUCCAGGCCAUUCCUUGUGCGCCGUAGCUGCGCCCCAGCCCCCUUUAACUCCCCUAGGCUAGCAGGACCUGGCAUCACGGUAGCUGUGAUGCAGAGAAACAGGACUCCUGUGGGCUCCUUGACAUGGCAGAGUGUUACUCCACUGCUGAGCAGGGAUGGGGCCUCCCUCCUUAGGAUAGUAACCUCUUGCAGUCAGUCAGGCCAUGGUCUGGGCUUAUCUUGCGGGGUAAAGCUGGCCCUGGCUCCUGGGAAGAUGGGGUUCUGAGAAGGACGUGUCAGGUGGAGGUCUCAGAGAGGAGUCGGCCUCCAGCUUUUCCCUCUAAGCCCAGCUGUUGAGAGAGGGUCUCACUGUCACUGAGGUGGCCCAAGGGAACAGACCAGUGACCUCAGAAAAACACAGCACUGACCCCAGGGCUGGCUCUGCACUAAGAGACGAUUGCACUAAGUGAAUCCUGUUCCCAAAGAACCCCCCCCUUCCCAGCUGAGCCCUGGGGACUGUUCCAAAGCCAGCAAAAUGUGAAGGAAAACGGGGCCCUGCAGGACAGUGCUCCCUCAGCCUCAGAGGAGCUCUGUCCUGCUCGGGCUGAGGGGCUUGGGAAAAAAAAUGGCACUUUUUCUGGUGGACCUUGCCACUUUCCUGAUCAAGGUGUACACUAACGACCCCCCCAAGCUCUCAGCCUUGCAUUUAUUUAUAUUGUGCCUUGCCCUGCGCCCACCUGCCCCCCUCAGGCAGGCCCCGGCAGCCCUCAGCAGGCCCUGGGAGGGAAGUGUGAGCGCCUUGGUAUGAUUUUUAAAAUUGGAAAUGUCAUCUAAUCACUAAAUCAUGUGUGACCACAUACAUACAUGUGUGUAAAUAUGUACAUUUGUCUUUUUAUAAAAAGUUAAUUGUUUAUAAAGGGUGUGGCCUUUUAUUUAGAGAUAAACUGCAGAUGGUUUUCCUUUUGAUAGAGACAUUCUGAUGAACUCAUUCUGGGCAUCCUGCCUGCACUUGACUGGGGGUGAGCAGUGACAUGCACCUAUUGCAGA